GCUUAUCUGCAGUCGGCAGCACAACAAGUAGAGGAAGAAUAAUAUUGGCCGAAGAAGAAUAAAACAAGCAUGGCAGGAAACAUAGGCAGCGCUGCAGCUCCGAUAACUAGUUCUCUAUCUAAACUACAGGCUUUAAAUGGACUGUUUGCAAUAUAUAAAAAACAAGGGCCGACAUCUGCAGACGUGUUAAAUGCACUCAAAGAAGCUUUACUCAAAGAAGCUGGAGUUCAAAACCCAAACCCGCGGAAGAGGAAGAAGCAGAGCCUGAAGAUGGGGCACGGAGGGACGCUGGACAGCGCUGCCAGUGGGGUGCUGGGACUAGGGCUGCAGAUUUGUUCUCCAUCACUUACAAUGAAAUCACUUUUGAAAGGGAUCUCUGUGCAGUCAAAUACGCAGCAGGCAGAGGCCACUACUGUUGUUGGCAUUGGGAAUGGCACAAAGAUGCUCAGUACAAUGUUGGCUGGUUCUAAGAAAUAUGUUGCUGUAGGUGAACUGGGGAAAGCAACGGAUACUCUUGAUGCCACUGGCAGUGUGAUUCUGGAGAAAGACUUUGAACACAUAACUAGGUUGGACAUUGAGGACAAGCUGAAAGCUUUCACUGGUGACAUCAUGCAAGUUCCUCCACUCUACUCUGCACUGAAAAAAGAUGGCCAGCGUCUGUCUGUCCUGCUGAAGAAAGGUCACAAGGUUGAGGCCAAACCAGCCAGACCAGUCACUGUGUACAACCUGACCCUGCAAGAGUUCAAGCCUCCUCACUUCACUCUGGAUAUUGAGUGUGGUGGUGGCUUUUAUGUCAGAAGCUUGGUGGAUGACCUGGGAAAAGCUCUGUCAUCAUGUGCUCACGUGAAGGAACUGAUCCGGACCAAGCAGGGUCAGUUCACCCUGGAGGAGCAUGCCUUACAUGAGGAGCAGUGGACACUGGAGCGUAUCCUGUUCUCUCUGCAGCCCUGCUCAGAGUCAGAGCAGGCUUUGGACUGUACAAAACCACCAGAAGCUGACACCUUAGGGACACACUCUGAGGUCAAAAUGAAAACCUGAAGUUUCUGUCUGGUUCACAGUUAGGCUUGAGUCACCUGCUUGGCUUUUCCAAUGACGAGAACAUCCAGUCUAAACACACCAGGUUCUCCAGGGCGUGUUGUUGAGCAAGUGUGACUAAUUGAGACGUCACAAGCACUGAUGGUUUGGAAAUCAAUGGACCAGUGUAAUCACUCGGCGCUGGACUCUCUUCUAGUCCACAUUCUACUGCAUCGUCUCUGUCUCGAAUCAUUCUGCCCGGUUGAUGGAAAGGUUAUACAGUAUACAUACGUACUACAAUUUACUACUACAGGAAAAUGAGAAAUGAUACACUGUGUUAGUGAAGAUUGCUUGACAGUGCACACCUUUUGAGACAUUAAAGUCAAACAGACUUAUUAAACAUUUGAGAAAAACAUCACACUGCAGGAUUUUCUGAUUUAUGCUGAAAACAUUUAAAAUAUUAGUUUAUUUUUGUAUAAUUUCUUUAUUAAAGUAGUUUCUGUUUGCAGCCCAAUUGUGGGAAAUCUUUUUGAUAGGCAGAAACAGUGUAAAAAGGAGUACUGCAGUAACAUUUUGCCAGAUGUCUGGUCUAUUUUUGCAAGGCAAGUAACAUAUUAGCCAGUUUACCUGAAGAUUUAUUUGUGGAGCUGCCUUGCUGGUUAAUUUAAAAAAGACAUUUGACUGAGUGUUGAACUGUUUUUAUUUUUUUUGUUUAGUGUACUCCACAUCUGAUAGUGUUUCAUCAGCAGAAGUAUAUCCUGUAUGUCUAAUUUACAUUAUUAUGCACUUGCAGAGUGAAUAAAUAUAAACAAAAAAAGUAAAUACUUAGAUUUCUUGCCAAUGAUAUUUCUGACAUCAUGCACAACAGAGUGGCUGCUGGUCAUGACGAAUCUGUUUCUUUACUACACAUCGCUGUUAGCUUUUUCUGCCCAUUACAAUGCUGGCUGAGAGAGAAAACUUUAGGGCCUUCACAGUUAGCAACAAAAAGGUGUAAAGCAUGGUUACCACAGCAACUGUGUUUGCAACCGGGUGAAGGUAUCCCCAGGAAGAGAUUUUUUUUUUUUUUUUUAAAUGUAGACAUCUUUGUUCAUAUUUAUAGUUUUCUUUUUACUUUCUUUGUUUCUUCAUCUUUAAGCAAACUGUUUGAAAUGACAAAGCUACCUUCACUGCCUUAUGUCUGUAAUCAAGUACAGUUGAAAAUUAGCCUGCUGGCUAACACUGGCACAUUUACAGAAAUGUUGAUUAAUGUGCACUGUCCUUAAAUAAAUAAAUGAGAAAUGAGGAGAGGAAUA